AUGGUGCGGGUGUCGCAGAAGUGCGUGGUGGUGUGCAAGCCCCUCACCCUCGGGCAGGUGAUCCAAUUCGAAGGCGGCUACGCUCCCGCCCACGCCGAAGCGACCUGCCGCCUGCGCUUUCACUGGCAACUCAAGGCACGCGCACCUCCCAUCGGCCAUCAGCACCUGCUGCAGCGCCUGCAGCUGCUGCCACGGGCCCUGGCUGGAGGUAUUGUGGAAUUCUACGGCCUCUUCGAUGGCCUCAGCCUCUCGGGGGACGAGGCCUGGACAAAAGGCGUCAACCUGUGGCCGCUCACCUUGUGCCUCAAGUCCCUCCCCGGCGUGUUUGGUGACGAGGACCUCGCGCAGGAGUGGGUCGAGGUGCAGGAGAGUAGAGGUCUGCCCAGGGAGAACUGCUGCGCGUGGCCCACGUGGCUGCCGCUGGGCUGCGAAUCGGAGAGCACCAUUUUCUUCAUCAACUGCGCGCCAUCGAGCCCCUACUUCGGCCAGCUGAGGCUGACCACCCACGGGCCUUUGGUGGGGGGGGGCGUGUAG